AUCUGUUCCAGAGGAAUCUCAUCUGAUUGGGGAGUGUGUGAGAGAGGAGGCAGAGUCAAGGUUGAUGGAGCAUGAAAGCGCAUGUCUUAUUGAAGAUUUGAACAGGGCCAAGCUGCCCAAAGGUAUCGAGAACGUCCGGCCUCACUUGGAAAACAUCGAUAACGUCCCACUUCUGGUCCCUUUAUUCACAGACUGCACAUCUCAGACCGAGUGUGAGAUGGUGUGCAUCAUGCAGGAGUACGGAGAAGUUGUGUGUUGCCUCGGCAGCAGCCAGAACAUCAACAACAACGCCAUCUUCCUUCAGAGUGACAUCAGCAUCGCUCUAGAGCCACUCGCCCCCAUGUGCUGUCCGUCCGGUAACGACAUCCACCCAAGGACUCGGAGCGAAUCGAGCGCUGUGAGUCUGAGUCGGCUGUCCGGCGCCAUCUGUGGGUUAGCCUGCACCGUGCAGCUGCACCGACAGGACAACAACCUGGUCAUCAGACUGAUCAGACAGGCUCGCCACACCACGGCUGGGAUCAGGAAGUGUUUCCUGUUCUUGCUUCAGUGUCAGCUCUCGCUCGUUCUUAUACAGAUUCUGGCAUUUAUGUGCCAACUGCCUCCUCCUCUGGCUACCAGUGAUGUUCUCCUUCUCUCAUGUUGUUAUUACCCCAUGCUAAGUGUGUCACUGCUGGGAAAGCCGUCUGACAGCUCCAUCAUGAAGGUUCCUACUGGGAAAAAUCUGAGAUUCCUACCAAAAAAGACGCUGCGGUACUUCGUGCUCUGCUACUCUGUGAAGUUUGGUCUGACCGUGUGCAUCUAUUUAACCUGCUUCGGCCUUUUACUGCACGCUUUCUGCCUGAACAUCAAUCACGAAGACGGGAAACUCUGUCACCCGACAGCUCUGCUCAUGAAUUCUUCAGCAUGGUCCCCAGACUGGUACGGCAAACACUCGGACGGUCUUUCUCUGGGACAGAAAGUCAUUGCCUUGCUCUCUCUUGUCUAUGCCAUGUGCACGUCAGUCAGUCACGUGCAUCGCUCGGCACCUUUGUGGAAGCAAAACCCUCUGAGCAACCACAGCUGGUGCGCCGUCAUCUGCACACUACCCAUCCUGAGUGUUUCCAUAGCAACUGGAUCCCGCCUACUCUGGCAUGACCCCACCCCUCACCGCAUUUUCUACAUCAGUGACGUACCACCGGUAACCUGGUUGCUGGGAAUCCUCUGGCUCCUCCCCCUCGUAUUUAUCAACGAGGGAAUAAAACUGCAUGAGAUAAGGAUGAGGGUGAGGUACCAGAAGAGGCAGAAGCUGCAAUUUGACACCAAACUUGGAAUGAAUUCUCCUUUCUGACUCACACACACACACACACACACACACACACCAAAGCAGGACAGCCAUAAGAUGGCAGUGCUACACUACAAACAGAACUGAACUGAACUCGACGGUUGUCGUUUCUGGUUGUGUUUGUAAAAGGUUUUGUUCUUUUAAUGAUCUCUGUUGACUCUGUGAGAAAAUUAAAGCUGCAUGUUUCAUUCGA